AUGACCACCGCCGCCGACCUCAAGCCACGACCAAACGAGCACGUCCUCGCUCUCCCUAACGGGCGGCAACUCGAGUACGCGGAGGGGGGCAACGCGUCCUCCCGCGUCGUCUUCCUCUUCUUCAGCGGCCUCCUGAGUAUCGGCGCAGUCACCGAUGUCCCACCGGCAGCCCAGAAGCUGGGUGCGCACUUCCUCUCCCCAUCGCCGACGGGGAUGGGCCGCACCUCCCCCCGCGACCCAUCCACGCCGUACAACCUCAACCUCAUUGCCGACAUCCGUGCACUGCUCGAGCACACGCACCCUGACGGCGUCGACGCAAUCUACCUCGGCGGAGGGAGUUAUGGCACCGUGAUGGCGCAGAUGAUCUAUGGCGCGUCAUACGAUCUCUUCCCACAAGGUCGAUCGAUCAAGGCUGUGUUACUUCUCGCCGGCUUCUCCCCGUUCAAGUACCACACCAAUUACGCAAAAUGUCUCAGUUGGCCUACGUACGUGUCGGUCGGCCCACCUUCCACUCUGCCCUUCCGGAUCUUCCAGCGCCUCUUCUCCACCGUCCUCGCGAGCAAACUGCGUACUGUUGAGGGCGCCCGUGGAUUCCUGUCCCAGACCCUCUUCGACAAGAUGGAUGCAGAUGAGCGCGCCAUCGCUGAAACGUGGAUUGCUGCGCGUGGCAAGACGUUUGACGAGUUUGUCACUUCCAUGGCGGAGAACAACGUGCGCUCGGUCGCGGACACGUGGGACGGAUUCAUGGAGGUCAGUGAUGUGUUGCACUCGGACUGGGGCUUUGACCCACACGCCCUCGACACCGAACAUGCCAAGCCUGUACUCGUGGUUAGUGGCGACGCCGACGACAUGGGCGGCGCGACCAACAAGUGGAUCGCGGACAACUACCCCAACGCGACAUUCCGUACUGUUCCCGGGGGCCACAUUGCUGGAAUCUUCUACAUGGACGAGCUGUGGGAGCAGCUCGUGGCGGCGGGGGAGGAGUAUGCUAGCAAGUAG